GGAGCUGCGUCGGAGCUUCCAAUUUACUGCCCCAAACCCCCGCAACCACCGCUACGACAUCAGUACACGUCGUCGCUACAGUAUUCACCGUAGACGACUCUCACAGCAUUACUCGGAGGCGCAACUCUGCUCUUAUCCACUCAUUACCACCCGUCAUUACUACAGACUCGGCCACCAAGUCCACGCGCGACUGGCACCAUGAUCCGCGACUUCGUGCAAUGGACGGCCGCAUUCGGCGAGACGGGCGAGCUCGAACAGCUGCGCAACUGUCGCGUAGGCAUUGAAGCCGCUGAGUACCUGAACCAGCGCAUCCUCAACCACCCACGCGCAAAAGAACCGCUUGUCCCAGCCCUGGGCGGCCUUCCACUGGCCCUGACACAGCACAUCCAGGACGACCUAGCCCACUUCCGCAGCUUCGACAUCGAGCCCUACUUCGUCUUCAGCGGCCUGGACAUCACAAAACAGGAAGAUCCUUUCAGGCAGAAGACGGAAGAAGCAGCGGUGAAUAUCAAUGCCUGGACUUUGUACGACAGCCACGAGGCCGAAGCCUCAGUCGCUAAAUUCGGACAAUCAACCUACGUCACUCCCGAAGACCUCUUCCGUGCGCUACAGUCUACCCUGACCGAACAGAACAUUCGCUGGACCGUUGCACCCUAUAGCGCAUGGGCCCAGUUGGCAUAUCUCGAGAAGCACGAAUAUCUUCACGCCAUCGCCGGAUCGUCCGACAUCCUCAUCUUCGAGUGCGCCAAAAUCAUCACAUCUUGGGACUUCGAAUCCCGGCAGUUCAGCUUCAUCCGCCGAGAGAAAUGCGUGGCCGACCUGUCCAAGUUCGUCGGCGCUCCAAACAUCUCAGACGAUAUCUUCCUCGACACAUGCAUACUCGCUGGCACGCCGUUCCUCCCAACCCACCCCAUCCUCGAUGCGCCUAACAGGGCUGAGCUGAUCAAGCCGUACAGCGCCAUCAAGACCAUCAUGAGCAAUGGCCAGUCUGGAUAUUCUGUGGUCGUCAACAACAACGAUGUUCCACCGGCAGGAAAAGAAUAUGUCACACGAUACCAGAAAGCACGAUUGGCCGUGAAGAACCACCCCGUCUACACGGAGGAAGGAAAGGUCGAGCCUCAAAACUCCGCGUCUAUGCCCAAUGAUGCUGGUCAAUAUUUGGGUCAGAGACUCCCAGAUGAGAUCCUCCACUACAUGUCGAAAGGCCUCAUCAACCCACGUAUACUUCAAUGGCGUACUACCUGUCAAGUAUUCGAAGUCCCCCCAAUGGACGGUGGCAAUUCCCCAGAGUACAAGGAACUCGUCAGCUCCAAACUCAUUCCGCUGCGAACACCGGUCGUCAACCUUCUCUCCAGCUCUCUGCAUAACUGGUACCGACACCAAUCUCUCCAUCAGACACAUUGGUAUUCGCCAGUAGACCCUAACGGUAAACGGCCGUCCACAACCAUCCCUGUUGAGAAGCCAUCGGAAGCACAGGCUCCUCUGAUUGUUGACACCUGGAACGUAAAGGAAGCUACAUUCAAGGAUGUCAUCGCGCAGUACAAGGUCAGUAGAGCUGUAGCUCAGUCACUGAAAUAGUACUAACGCUUGCAAUAGGAUUGCGGAACUCUCGGUGCAGCCAUUCUAUCGCUACAAAACACUGAUUUCGUUACCAAAUCGAUCGCUAAGAAAGACCCUAAAAGCCC